AUGGAGUCCAUAUUGCGACACAGAGGCGCCAAUCCUCGUUCCAAACAAACUCCGCCAGGAGAUGGCGCGACUGGCACGUCGUCUUUCAUGGCCUUGCCCACCGAAAUUCACCUCGCCAUCUCCCAGCAGCUCAUCUACCCUGACGCUUUGUCGUUGAAGCACGUCAACCGAUAUUUCUACAGCUUCGUGGACACUGGCACGAAACUCAAGGUCGAUUGGUUGAUUUCUAGGCGCAUGCUGCACCUAGAAUGUCCCGCAAAAAGAUGCGACAUGCGAAGUGACAUUCGGUUCUGCCGCGGGAGCGUGCCCCUUCUCAUGAAGCGACGGAGAGAGCACAUUGAGUGCGAGUCGCGCCCCGGCCUGGGAUGUCUCGUGUACGGUACCAAAAGAUGCAGCACAGGAAUCUUUGCGCAGUGCAUGUAUUGGAAAUGCCUGAUUGUCGACACGAACUCCAAAAAGAUUGUCGACAACUGCGUGAACGAAGAUGCCAUCCUCAAUAUUAACAUCGCGAGUCCGUACUUUCUCCUACUUGUCCCUACAGAACUCAAGGCUAACCAGCAAGACAUUGAGCGGAUCGAGGAUCGUCGCGAGCAAAACCCCGACAUGGACGCCAUCUACAUCCUCUCCCCCGAACCGCACAUUGUCGACUGUCUCCUGCACGACUUCAGCACACGCAAAUACCGGUCUGCAUUUCUUGUCUGGACAAACCUGCUGCCUGCGGAGUUGAGGCGCAAGAUUGACGAGUUUCCGGGUGUGCGACAGCUACGAUCCAGUACCAAAACGCUCUUCAUCGACUUCUACCCCCGCGAGUCGCAUCUAAUCACCUUCCGGGAUCCGUGGAGUUUCCCUGUUUUAUACCACAGAGAAUGCGACUCGCUCGUCGCCGCUCAUCUCAAGACGACGGCGCAGAGAAUUGCCGGGAUAUGUAUAACGCUCUGCGAGUACCCCAAGGUGCGCUACUACAAACCUCGAGAACCCACCUGGGAGUCAGCGGUGUUGUGCUCCCAUCUGGCGAACUUUGUGCAGCAGGAGCUCGACAUGUACGCGCAAUGGAACAAGAAUUUCCCUCCGCCGUCGACCCGACCACAGGGCACCUUGCUCAUUACCGACCGCGCCAUGGACACCAUAUCACCCCUCGUGCACGAGUUUACAUACCAAGCCAUGGCCCAUGAUCUCCUGUCGAUAAAGGAGGGCGAAAAGGUCACAUACCAUACCACAAUCAACCAGGGGACGCCAGAGGCGGAGGAGAAGGACAUGGAAUUGAGCGACAAGGACAAGAUCUGGGUAGAGAACCGGCAUCGCCACAUGAAGGACACCAUUGAUAAAUUGAUGGGCGACUUUCGCCGAUUCCUGGAAGACAAUCCGCAUUUCGCGAACGACGCGGACACCACCAAUCUCAACGCAAUCAGGGACAUGCUGGCGGGCCUUCCGCAGUUUCAGGAGAUGAAGGAGGCGUACUCACUGCACCUAACCAUGGCGCAAGAAUGCAUGAACAUCUUUCAGCACCAGAAGCUGCCUGAUGUCGCCUCAUCGGAACAGACCAUGGCCACCGGGCUGGAUGAGGACUACCGCAAACCGAAAAACGUUCUCGACGCCGUGGUGCGGUUGUUAGACGAUGAGGCCAUCAAGCCCGCGGACCGACUCCGUCUCAUCAUCCUCUACGUCCUGUACCGCGACGGCGUCGUCCUGGAAGACAUCAAGCGCCUUCUCGCGCACGCAUCACUGCCACAGUCCGACAUCAGCCCCUUCUCCGCUCUCGAAUUCCUCGGUGGCCGUGCCAUCCGCCGCGAGCUCAAAGAUAUUAAACCUCCUCGACACAUACUCUUCCCCAAAGACCCUCGCAACGCCCCGCAAAACGAGGAGUACUCGCUUUCCAGACACGACCCCGUUCUCAAAUCAGUGCUGGAGAACCUCACAAAGGGAACUCUCGACAGCGUCGACUUCCCCUAUGUCAAACCGCCCAUCGAUCCCAAUGAAGACCUCCUGCUCGCCCAGGGCGCCUCGCUCCGCGCUGGUGGGCCUCGUCCCAACUGGGCCGCCGCCGGUCGUCGCCAAACCGACACCAACCGCCAACGUAUCCUCGUCUUCUUCGCAGGCGGCGCCACCUACUCCGAGGCCCGCGUGGCCUACGAGGUCUCCCACGAGAGGAACAAGGACAUCAUCCUUGCCACCUCACACAUGCUCACGCCAUCCCUCUACAUCAGACAACUCGGCGAUCUCUGCCGCGGACGGCGACAGCUCGACCUCCCCGCCGACAGACCCAAGCCACGCGCCCCGGCACACGUUUUCGAACGUCCAGCGCCACCACCUCAGCAGCUACAACCACACGCCUCGCUCCCAGCGGCUCCUCAUCCAGGCGCCAUGAGGCCACCUCCGCAACAACAACCCGCGCCUAGCCCACGGGGUCCCAGUCCCAACCACCCACCUCGCGUCCCCCCGCCUCCCACGCAACAGAUGGACAACUUGUCUAUGGGAGGCGGUCCCGAGAACGGUACGGGAGGUAAACUGCACAAGGAGAAGAAGAGGCGUAAUUUCCUAGGUAUGAAGAAAUAG